AUGUUUGCAAGAAUUAUAACAAGAAGUUUGUCAAGAAUUCCAACAAAAUCUGGAUUAUUUGUGAGAUGUUUGACACCAAUGCAAAUUGCGCCAAGUGCACCAACACAAUUCAUUCAAAAAAUGAAUAUGUCAUCUGCCAAAACUCUGACACAAGACGGACCAAUCGGACAAAUUGAUGAGAUGAUUUCAUCGAUUUAUGAUCAUAUCAAAAAUAGUUCGCCAGAAAAUUACACAGAAGAGGAGAAGAACAAUAAGGUUUUGAAACCGCGAACUCUAUCGGAGAGUUAUCGAAAAUUCCUGAUUCCAUUGAGUACGGACAACGAGAAACGGGAGAAAUAUUUGAGUGCGAGUCGAAAUGUGCGAAUGGGAAAAAUAUUGGAGGAUAUUGAUCAUAUGGCUGUGCAUAUUGGAUAUGUUCAUAAUUCGGAAGAUGGUACAAUUGAGAGCAGAAUGUCGUUGCCGAGAAAUAUUGUGACAGCUUCGGUGCAUCGCAUCGAUUUUCAUAAGUGCGUUUGAAUUGUGUUGCAAAAUAUUUUUGAAAUAGAUUUAGCAGAAAUUCGCUGAAAAACAAUGAAAGAACUAUUAUCACAUAGAAAAAUAGAAACAAAUUGCUUAUUUUUUCUUCUACGUCUCUCAACAAAAAAAAAAAAGUUCUAUUUUGAAUCUGCAAACACCGCGCAGCAACAAAAAUGUUUUAUUUUUUCUAUGUGGACGUUUACGUCCCCAAAUCAUCCAUUAACCUCUUGCUAUUUUUCCAGAGAAGAUUUGAAUCCAAACCGCGAUCUGAUAAUAGAUGGUCAAGUCACUUAUGCCGGAACUUCGAGCAUGCAAAUCUCGAUUCGUCUUUUCCAAAACGACGACAAUCAAAAUCUCCAACUUCUUCUCAAAGCCAACUUCAUAAUGGUGGCCCGUGAUCCUUUAGAUGCCACCAAGAAAAUUCGAAUUCAUGGCCUCGUCGCGAAAACACCUGAUGAAGCCGAAACUGUGAAUUUGACAAAAGAGCAUUUGAUUCGAAUGGGAAAUAAGGAUGAGAAAAAAGCGACGAAUGACGAAUUGAGAUUGAUUGAUAAUUUGCAUCGAACAUUGUUGGGAAGAAAUAUGAGCAAUGAAUUUCCGAUUUUGAAGGUAAUUUACAUUUGAAAAUAGGUAGAAUAGUAAUAAAUGUCUAUUUUUCUAGGAUGAAGAAAUUUGGAUGCAUAAAACACACCUUUCUCUAACUGAAAUAUGUUUUCCCGAAUUCCAAAAUAUGUAUGGCAAGAUAUUUGGUGGAUUUUUGAUGAGAAAAGCUCUCGAACUCGCCUACGUCAACGCAAAAUUGUUCUGCAAGGGAAAAGUUUCGAUAAGAUCAAUGGAUCAAAUUCAAUUCGCAAAACCUGUGGAAAUCGGGAAUAUCUUGCAUUUUGAUUCGUAUGUCACUUAUAAUCAGGGAGAUUUAUUGCAACUUAAAGUCGUCGCUUCGAUUUCGGAUGAAGCCAAAUUCAAGGAAAUUGCUAAGACAAAAGUUCCGUCAAUGGGGCAGGAGGUUGGUUUUUGUUUUUGUUAAUUAGCUAAUAAGAACCCUUCUGAUUUUCAGGCCCGCUUGAUCACAAAUGUUUUCCACUUCACAAUGCAAAGUGUAGAAAACAAAGAGAUAAUGAAAGUAUUGCCGAAACAUUAUAAUCAUACUGGAAUGUAUAUUGCUGGCCGAAGACAUUUAUUGAAUACCCUAAAAAGAACUGUUUCAUUGUGAGUUCAACUCGAUCUUGAUGAAUAGUUGCAAACAUUUAUUUAAUAAACACAUACAUAUUUCUCCAAAAUUAUCUUAUCACAAAACCAAUAAAAUUUGCCCAUGAAUUUUUCGCUUCAAUUAAUUGUCGUGGAAUUUUUUUGGAAGAUGGGAAAUUUGAAGAGAGAGGUUUCUUUUUUGGAAAAAAAAUUUCUGGAAUAAAAGUUCCGAUAAGUUUUCCCUUAAAAUUAAGUUCGAAGCUAAUAAUAUUUAAACAAAAAUCAGAACUUAUUCGAUUUUGAAAUUUCAAUCCUGAGUGAAAUUUUUGAGCAUGAAGAUUUUCAUUCAUUUUUUCACAAAAAAUGGAUUUUGAAAUGCCACGUAUUAGAAAAAUUAAUUUUUUAUAGUUUUUUUUUUCGAAAUUCAGCCUAAUUUUCAACUCUCAAAUUGAAAUUCACAGAAACAAUAAUUUUCAGAACGCCACGUCAUAGCUCACGCCACAUCUCCCCCACUGAAAAAGUUGCCCACCAAUAA